AUUAUGUCAUGGGAGCUGAGGAGUUCUACGUCACAGCUCGAGUUCGUCGCGACCGACAUUUUACUACCAGCUACAAGAAGAGAGAAGAGCACGGAAUGGAGAGAACGCUACACAAAAUAAAAUAAAGAUCUUUUAACAGAUAUUUCGUUUUGCAGAAUUUGCUGUCUACCUGCAGCCCUUGGCAACUGCUUUUGUACUCUGACGGACUGAGCUUUUAGCUAACGUCUAGAAUUGAUUUAAAUUGCUUGCCGUCAGGAUUGGCUUGGAUAUCCUGUGCCACAGUUUUAACGAAGCACCACUUAUUAUUACAGGUGUGUGUUGUUUCGCCUCAGCAGCAUGGCUGUGGUCAUCCGCUUGCAGGGUCUCCCGAUAGUGGCGGGCACCAUGGACAUACGCCAUUUCUUCUCUGGAUUGACUAUCCCGGAUGGUGGGGUGCAUAUUGUAGGGGGUGAACAUGGUGAGGCUUUUAUUGUUUUCGCCACAGAUGAAGAUGCCAGGCUUGGCAUGAUGCGUACAGGGGGAGCAAUCAAAGGUUCUAAAGUGUCACUUUUGCUGAGCAGCAAGACAGAGAUGCAGAAUAUGAUCGAACUUAGCCGCAGGCGUUUUGAAACGGGCAAUGUGGAGGGAGCCGCAGGAAACGGUAGCAGGCCAGGCCCCACGGUUCGCACAGGUGGGAGGGGCAGUUUACCCACCACUUUACAAGGCUUCAGCAACACCACACCAACCACAGUCACCACAGCUGCAUCUGCACAUGAAACUAUAAGCAACAAAAAUGUGUCCACGUUUGCCACAACUAGCAUGGGAAACAUGCCCCCCAGUUUCAGCAACAACUUCAGCAGCCCAAAUCUUACCAUGGGAUCCACUAUGACAACAGCCAUGUCCUCCCUUAACUCUGUACCACCACCUAUCCCCCCUUUGCCAACCAUGCCAUCCCUUCCACCCAUGCCUUCCAUACCCCCCAUGCCACUUCCACCACCUGUGUCCUCUAUGCCUCCUGUUCCCACUGUGUCACCUUUAACCCAAGGCCCCCCUGUCCUUCCCAUGAGUCAUCUGUCCCACAUGGGCUCAAUGCCACCAUUUAACCCAGGCAUCCCACCCCCUGGUGGACUGGCCUCAGGGCUGCCUCUAGGAACCCCAAACCACAUGUUUCUGGGCCAUAUGAACCCCCUGUUAAAUAUCCAGGCACACAUGAAGGCAGCAAUAGGUAAUUCAGACGAGUUAUAUGUCCACCUUCAAGGCCUGCCCUUCUCAGGUACAGAAAUGGAUAUUAGGGAGUUUUUCCGUGGCUUAGCGGUGGACUCCAUCCGACUGGUCAGGGACAACAUGGGCCGGAGUAGCGGCAGGGCGCUGGCCAAGUUCUUUUCCCCUCAGGACACUUUUGAGGCACUCAAAAGAAGCACCGGAAUGUUAGGGCAAAGGUAUGUUGACAUCUCUCCGGCCACAGAGAGGCAGUGGAUGAGUGUCAGCAGUGGUGGCAUCGGGGUUGGAGGGCAAGCCCACUCAAAAUUCAAUAAUGAGCCACAAGACCAGCACCGCCGCAGCAACAUGAGUUCAGCGUCCCCGUCAACCAGAGACCGUGCGAGGUCCCGCUCCCCUCACAACAAGGAGUUCUGUGUUUACCUGAAAGGCCUGCCCUACGAAGCAGUAAACAAACAGAUCUGUGAGUUUUUCAAAAACUUGGAUAUUGUGGAAGACAGCAUUUACAUUGCUUAUGGACCCACUGGCCGAGCUACAGGCGAGGGCUUUGUCGAGUUCAAAAAUGAAAUGGACUACAAAGUUGCACUCGGCUGUCACAUGCAGUAUAUGGGUAGCCGAUUCAUACAAGUUCACCCCAUCAGUAAAAAUGCUAUGUUUGAAAAGAUUGGUUCCAUUCGUCAAAGGAUGCAGGGUGGUGAUAAGAAAAACAACUCAGAAUCAGUCAAGAGCCCUAGAAACUGUGCUCACAUCUCAAAUAUUCCAUAUAAUGUGUCAAAGAAAGAUGUCCGUCUGUUUCUAGAUGGCAUUUCAAUAUUUGACGAAAGUCUUAAAGUUCUGGUUGACGGCAGUGGUAAUGGUCUAGGUCAGGCUGUUAUGCAGUUCAGGGCAGAGGAGGAUGCACUAAAUGCUGAGCGACUACACAGGCAGAAGUUAAAUGGCAGAGAUGCCUUUGUACAUUUGAUCACCUUUGAGCAGAUGAAGGAAAUUGAGAGAAACCCACCACCGCAGGUUAAAAGAGGCCAGAAACCCCAAGGGAACACUCAAGGCCAGGCACACAGCCAUGUUCAGGCACAGAACCCAGUUCAAGGUCACCCCUUUGCCGGUAUGACAGGAGAUGAGUUCAACUUCCUCAGAAAUACUGUAGGCAAUUUAGGCAAUGGUCCUUUUACGCCGUUUACUGUCCCAGGUAAUGGACUAGCAGGCCCCCCUCCACCCCCACUUGCAGCAGGUCUUGGGGAUGUAGCCCUUAGCAUACCCCCACCCAUGGUUGCCGGUCACUUGCCUGGAGCAGUUCUGGAACCCCCGGGCUUCCGACCAGGCAGCAACAAUGGCCCACCUGGCUUUGGGCCAGAGGGAUUGAGGGGCAUGCCACCUUUUGACAAUGGCCCUAGAAAGAGCAGAGGCCUCAACCACAACAACCGAGGAGGUGGCCAUGGGCAAUCAGGAGGGUGUCCUCAGUCUGCCUUUGGCCCUGGCUCUGACCCUCUGAGAGGACAAUCAACCGGAGGCCCUGGUAACCCUCGUGGACCUACCAUUGUAAAGAUUCAAAACAUGCCUUUCACUGUAACAGUUGAUGAGAUCCUCGAUUUCUUUUAUGGGUAUCAGGUGCUGCCUGGUUCAGUCUGUCUGCAGUUCAGUGAAAAGGGCCUGCCCACCGGUGAGGCAAUGGUUGCCUUUGAGUCACACAAGGAGGCAACAUCUGCUGUCAUGGAUUUAAAUGAUAGGCCUAUUGGGGCUAGGAAAGUGAAGAUAACUCUAGGAUAAGACUCCCAAUUCUCCCCUCUACCAAUAAUGAUUAAGUGAAACAUGCGGUUUCAUUAAUGCAAAGGUAAGAACUUGCAUUUAGGAUGCAUUUAAUCUCCCAACUAUCUUUAGUUCCUUUACCAAAGUUUGUAGUGUAGGAAUGAAAUGGAAAACUGCUAUAUCUAUUUGAUAUAUGAUUACAAAAGUAGGGUGUGGAUUUUCAAAUGGCAAAAAGCCAACUGUUGCCAUGUUGAUGCAGCUUGAGUCCAAUCCCGUUUCGAGCAAGAGUGCUGAAAUUAAUUUCAAAAGUCAAAAUAACAUGGUUAGGAGGAGGAUAGUCUCUUAUUGCUGUGCUGAGACAUCACUUUCACUUGGAAGCAUGUAUCAUUUUCAAAUGCCCUGACACAUUUUGUGUUCUUGUAUUUCUUCCAUAGAUUUAACAUUCUUUACUUUUACCUGUGCUUUGUGACGAUAUUCUAAAGGGGGUACUCACCAAAUGCUGCCAUGCAUGGUGUUAGUACAGAGAACACUUAUUGUGCCAUGGUUAAAGCAUUUGCUUAUUUGCUCUAUGCUGUUUUUCACUGUUAAUAAAUGCAAAUGUUAAUGUUAGCUAUGAUGUGAGAUUGUACUGCUUGUUUCUGAGAAAAAUAUUUAGAACUUUGCAUUUGGUUUAAUGGUCUGCAAAGCUCUUUAGAACGUUUUGUAUCUGCCAACCCUCCCACUGCGAUAUGUUCUUUUUGAAAUUAUGAGCUGUUUGGAAUGUCUUAGUUUUGUAGUGUUGCCUGACAAGAUACAUUUUUAUGUUUCAUUUUUGGGGACGUUCCAGUUUAUUAUUUCACAAGUGUGUGUAUAUAGCCUACUGUUUAGCUUACACCUUUGUCAAUAAAAUGACAUUCCUGACAUAGA